AUGGCGGAAGUUGAGUCUCUGUCUCAGUUGAAGAACCACCCGAAUAUUGUCAAUUUGAAACAAGCUUUCAUGGAAGUUGAUGGCACGGCUUCCCUUGUCUUUGAAUUCAUGGAGGGCAACAGUAGAGGCUACCCAGAUGAGGAAUUAGGUGGGCAAGAGAAGAGUAGAACUACCCAAGAGAAAGGGAACUCAAAAUUGGACUUUUAG